CUCUGGUCUUGUGACUCAACGCCUACACUCACUCAAUCUCUAAAUACCUCGAGAUAUCGCGCAGUCUACCUCUGCAAACCUCCCAGCGGCCCAGCUUCGUUAAUCCCGCGUGAAGAAUCUCAGCUAUGGACCCCAUAUCUAUACUCACGCUGACGGGCACAUGUGUCAAGCUUGUGAGCUCUUUCGCCGGAGUUGUCAUGCAAGUCGACAGCAUAGUAAAAGCUUACCGCGAUGUUCCUCGUGAUAUCGUCUUGCUACGGUCACAGGUAUCAACGACCAAGACAAGCCUCGAUAAGCUCCGUCGCUUGCUCGAAUCUAAUCAUCCAUGCUUCCAAGGCGAGAUGGACAUGGAGACCCUUGAGAUCAGCCUCGAUGCUUGUGGGAUAGUGGUCAGCGACAUUCAGGUACAUGUCACGGCUGUGAGCCAGGAAGUAUCAGGCUUCCGGAGGAAGGCGUGGAAGCGCAUACAGCAUUUAUGGGAUGCCGAUGCGAUGAAAGAGAAUGAACGACGUCUAGGACUACAGUUGCAGUCAUUAAGUGUAUUGCUUACCGUGUGUAGCUUGGAAUCUGAAGGGCAGCGUUGAAAGACUUUGGGAGCGAAAGAGACCCAAAGAAAAUUCCAAAUUGCGAGAGAUGAUGCCUCUUCGUACCUGGUCUCCUACGAUCGAGACACCAUUGUCUCAAACGACGAUUCUGCAACAUUCAGCAAAGAGUUCGACUUUGAUGAGGACAU